ACGGAGCCGUGAGGGGAACGUGAGGGGAGCUGGUAGCGUGAGGAGCAGCGGAGCCCUGAAGGGAGGGGAGCCGUGAAGGGAACGUGAAGGGCACCGGAACCGUGAGGGGGAACGGAGCCCGGAGCCGUGAGGGGAAGGUGAAGGGAGAAGGGGAACGUGAGGGGAAACGGGAACGUGAGGGGAAGGGCGGGAAUGGCGCUUCCAAGGACUGCCCGGAAUUUUCCCACUCUCUGCUGGCUGCUCGUGGCCGUGCCCAUUGCCGGUUCCCUGGCUCUGGAGUGCCGGGAGGACCAGUACCUGCUCCAUGAGAAAUGCUGCAGCGACUGCGCCCCCGGGCAGAGGAUGCGCAGUCGCUGCACGCCGCGCGCCGACACCGUGUGCUCGCCCUGCCAGGACGGCUAUUUCAGCUCCCAGCACCACCACGGCUUCUGCCACAGCUGCACCGUCUGCAGCCCCCGGAAGGGCAGCGUGGAGGUGAAGCCGUGUGAGAAAACCUCGGACAGGGUCUGUGCGUGCAUGGCAGGGUUCAGGCCUGCAGGAAUUCCCAUGGGGAAUGAGUGCUCCCGAUGUCCUGAAGGAACUUUCUCCAGAGGAAGGAACGAGAACUGCCAGCCUUGGACCAACUGCAGCUUUUUUGGGAAGAGCACUCUCCGAGCUGGCACAGCCACAGAGGAUGCCCUGUGCAAAUUCCCAGAGAACAGAGCUCCAAAUCCCACGGAAUUCCCAGAGAACAGAGCUCCAAAUCCCACGGAAUUCCCAGAGAACAGCUCCAGCCCCAGGGAGAUUCCCACGCUUUGUUCGGAUCCCGGCAGCCCCAGCUGGGGUUCUUUAUCCCUGCUCCUGCUGUGCCUGGUGCUGCUGGUGGUCAGUGGAAUUUCCAUCCUGCUCCUGAUCAUCCAGACAUCCCAAAAAAAACCUGGGAAUUGGCCUGGGAGGAGCAUCCAGCACAAGGCCGGGAGCUGCCGCCUGCCCAUCCAGGAGGAGCAGAUGGAUUCCAAACGGCUCAUUAAGGACCGGUUCAUUAAGGACCGGCUCAUUAAGGACCGGUUCAUUAAGGACCGGUUCAUUAAGGACCGGCUCAUUAAGGACCGGUUCAUUAAGGACCGGUUCAUUAAGGACCGGCUCAUUAAGGACCGGCUCAUUAAGGACCGGUUCAUUAAGGACCGGUUCAUUAAGGACCGGCUCAUUAAGGACCGGUUCAUUAAGGACCGGCUCAUUAAGGACCGGUUCAUUAAGGACUGGCUCAUUAAGGACCGGUUCAUUAAGGACUGGCUCAUUAAGGACCGGCUCAUUAAGGACUGGCUCAUUAAGGACCGGUUCAUUAAGGACCGGUUCAUUAAGGACCGGUUCAUUAAGGACCGGUUCAUUAAGGACCGGUUCAUUAAGGACUGGUUCAUUAAGGACCGGUUCAUUAAGGACCGGCAUUGA